UUAAAAUCUUUAGCGAUUAAAAAUGUCAGAUAUAAUAAUAGAAAAUCAUGAAGAAGUAGCCAAAUAAAACAUUAUAUCAAAUGCCCAUGAAUUUGACAAUUCUUCUGAAUAAAGAAUACCAACUAUUCUAACUCCAAGUAUUCAACCUCCUCAACUUUCUAUAAGUGAAAUCACACCUAAAAAUACUGAUGAAUAUUUAAACACUAUUAUUUCUUAAGGAAAUACACUAGAAUGUGAUGUUAAAAUAGUUAAAGGAUGGUUUGGUCGCCAUUUAAAAUAUAAUUUUUAUCACUCUAAGACUCAAACUUUGUUACUUUCUGUGAAAAAGUAAUAAUGUUUAGGUAAACAUAAGUUUUAGUUAAGUAAAUCAGAAAAUGAGCUAGAUAUUGUUGGAACAUUAGAGUAUUAUCAAAUAUUUAAUAUAGGUCUAAUUUUACUGGCACUGAAUUUAUUUUGUAUUCAAAUGGACUUUCCUAUAAGAAUACAUAAGAUAAGGAGGCAUUAAGAAAAGAAUUAGCUUACAUCCAUUAUGAAUAUUAACUCUUAAAAACUAGAAGUAUUUAGAUAAUAUAUAUAAUUUAGAAGGAAAUCUCUUCAAAGCUUACAUUCCAUCGUUAGUAGAAGGUUGUCCUCGUUAAAUUAUACCUAUUGAUGAAAAUACAGGUUUAAAAAUUAAAACCAGAUUUUUAAAUAAAAGAAACGAAGAAUAUUUUGAAUUCCAAACUUAAGAACCUAUAUGGAGUACAAAACAUUAAUCAUUUACACUUCCAUUUAAUUCCAGAGUUAAUAGUGCAUCAGUUCAUAACUUUUUAUUAAAAUAAUUAAAUGAAGAUGGUAAAUUAAACAAAGAUGUCGCAAUUCAAUUUGGAAAAUUUGAUGACAAAUUCUUAAAUAUUGAUGUUACUUAUCCAUUCACUCCAUUACAAGCAUUCUCUAUUAUCAUAAGUUAAUUAGAUAAUAAAUUGCUUAUUUGA